GGGUAGGAUGCAAACGUACCAGGAGGAUCCUGACUAAAGAAAAUGGCGGCGCCCAUGUGACAAAUGAAAGUGAAACAAUUCUCUUGCAUGCUCAGCUAAACCAUUUCCUCCGAUUACACCUUCAUUAACGCCGUCUUAUAUACGUAAUAUAGUGACGCAAAGGCUUUAGACAAUGUGUUGACAGAAGUGAUCUUUUUUAAUGUGAGUGGAAAAGCUGCGGAAAGCGAUCGAUCGAUCAAAAGCAAAAGGUCUUCACCGUCAUGAACGUCCAAGCAGCCAGGUUUCUGAGUUCAGCUCCUGCAAUGAUGAGCAUGUGUACCCAAACAUCCAGAUCAGUCCCAAGACUCGCAUUGAGAUCCCAAGGCCUUAAACAUUCUCCCCGAUUGUGUGGCCAGGUUGCAUGCCUGCACUUGAACAAGCACAUCUUGAGAACUACUCAUGCAAAGUAUAUUACAAGUUCAGCAGUCGCGGCAUGCAGGUUAACAACACUUUAUGGGUAUUGUCCGAAACUGUACAGUACCGGAAGUCCUCAGGAGACUGAUGAUAAACGAGCAGCGAAAGAUGAGAAACGUUCACCGGGAGAGGUUCACGUUGAUACAGACUUUGUGGAAAAUGAAGCUACUGGUGAGAAAAGGAGGAAAGGACAGAUGAAUCGGUAUGUGAGGAGGGCCUCCAAAGCAACCGAGAAAAUGAAGGAAAAGAUGGCAGACACAGUCAAAGACAUGAAAGAGAAUAUAUUCACCAUCCCUAACCUGCUGUCCACAACACGCCUAGUCAUGUCCCCAGUUCUGGGUUACCUGGUCAUACAGGAGUCUUACACACUGGGUGCUUGCUUGUUUGCUGUGGCUGGCAUCACAGACUUGCUGGAUGGUUUCAUUGCAAGAAACUUCAAGAAUCAGCAGUCAGUUCUUGGUUCCAUCAUUGAUCCACUAGCAGACAAGUGUCUGGUUACUAUCCUCGCACUCAGCUUAACUGUCAGCGGCCUUAUCCCAGUGCCCCUAACUAUCCUGAUGGUCAGCAGGGAUGUUGGUCUAGUUGGCAGUGUCUUCUACCUCCGGUACCAGUCUCUCCCUCCACCCCGGACAGUCAGCCGAUUCUUUGACAUCACCCACGCCACCGUCCAACUCAAACCCACCACCAUUAGCAAGUUGAAUACAGCUGUUCAGCUUGGCCUUGUAGGCUUCACAUUAGCAGCACCGGUAUUCCACUAUGUGGAUCAUCCCUUACUGCAUGCACUCUGGUUUACCACAGCAGCAACUACUAUUCUUUCAGGCCUCAGCUAUGUCUUCAGUAAAGAUGCAUUCAAGUUCCUGCGAAAAUAAACAGACA